AUGCAACGCAACAUUAGUGGAGUAGGUGUUGGAGGCCAGCCAUGGGUGUUGCGCCGGGUGCGUCUCACAUGGCUCAGUUUUAUGCUCUUCUUCAUCUUGGUCUUCUUUCCACUAAUUGCUCACUACUACCUCACUACUAUCGAUGAAGCUGGUGGUCCCGAUAAGCCCAUAUUUGGGCGCCGGCCAGGGGGUGAACUGUGCGAGGCAAAACAUGUGCAGGACUUGUGUCGCAUCCGUGAGUCAGUCAGCGAGGAGUUACUGCAGCUUGAAGCCAAGAGGCAGGAGCUCAACGGCGAGAUCACCAGACUUAACCUCCGGAUCGAGGCUUGCAAGCGAAGCAUCGACAGCGCCAAACAGGAUCUACUGCAGCUAAAGAAUGUCAUCAGUCAGACUGAGCAUUCUUAUAAGGAACUGAUGGCUCAGAACCAGCCCAAACUGUCGUUGCCUGUCAGGUUGCUGCCAGACAAGGAGGACCUGGGACUACCACCACCCAAGUCUGUACGUUCCUGUCGCUUACACUCUUGUUUUGACUAUGCGCGCUGUCCUCUGACAUCUGGAUUUCCUGUGUAUGUGUAUGACGUGGGUUCUUAUACAUGGGGGGACUAUCUGGACCCACUUGUGAAGCAGGCUUUUGCAGCAUCUGUUAAGAGCAACAUUUAUGUAACUGAUAACCCCAGCAUUGCCUGUUUAUAUUUGGUACUGGUGGGAGAGAUACAGGAAACCUCCCCUCUACCAUCCCCCUUGGAACUGGAGAAACAACUGAAAGCUCUUCCUUACUGGAGAUCUGAUGGACACAAUCAUGUAUUAGUGCAUCUCUCUAGAAAGUCUAUGACACAGAACUUUCUUUAUAAUGUGAGCACGGCACGAGCAGCAGUCGCUCAAUCCACAUUCCUGGAGCAGCAGUAUCGUGAGGGCUUCGACUUGGUUUUAUCCCCACUGGUUCAUGCUCUUUCGGAACCCAACUUUUUGGAAGUACCACCUCAAGUUCCAGUAAAGAGGAAGUACCUUUUCACUUUUCAGGGUGAGAAGGUCGAGUCUCUGAAGAGCAGCUUACAGGAGGGUCCUCCUCAGUCAUUUGAGGAAGAACUUGAGGGUGAUCCACCAGCUGACUAUGAUGAUCGAAUAAUUGGCACUUUAAAAGCUGUCCAGGACAGCCACCUCGAUCAGGUGUUGGUAGAGUUUACCUGCAAGAACCCAAAGCCAAGUUUGCCAACAGAAUGGGCUCUUUGUGGGGAAAGGGAGGACAGGCUGGAGGUGCUCAAGGCUUCUACAUUUGCCCUGGUGAUCGCUCCAGGAGAUGGACUAAUGGUGGCCUCAGCUGGUUCUGCUAUGAGGCUAUUUGAGGCCUUAGAAGUGGGGGCCAUCCCUGUUGUGUUAGGAGACCACUCUAAAUUACCUUACCACCAAUUUAUCCGCUGGACUGAAGCUGCCAUUAUAGUCCCAAAACCCCGUGUCACAGAACUUCACUUCCUGUUGCGCAGCCUAUCAGACAAUGACAUGCUAGCUAUGAGGCGGCAAGGCCGCUUUUUGUGGGAGACCUACUUUUCAACCUCAGAAGAUGUUCUCAAUACCAUCUUGGCAAGUAUCAGAACCAGCAUCCAAGUGCCGGCAGCACCAAUCAAGGAUGAACCCGCCAUUGAGAUUCCUCAUAAAGCUGGGAAACUGGCUGGAACUGAUGCCAAUCUGGCCGACAACGGAGAUCUGGAUCUGGGUCCUGUUGAGACAGAGCCUCCCUACGCCUCUCCUCGCUUUCUUCGCAACUUUACAUACACUGCUGCAGACACGUAUAGAUCAUGGAACCAAGCCCCGGGGCCUUUCCAUCUGUUUCCUCACACACCUCUGGACCCUGUGCUGCCCUCUGAAGCCAAAUUCCUUGGCUCCGGUACUGGCUUCAGACCAAUUGGUGGAGGCUCAGGAGGCUCUGGGAAGGAAUUUCAGGCUGCUCUGGGUGGGAAUGUGCCCCGGGAGCAGUUCACUGUGGUGAUGCUAACUUAUGAGAGAGAGGAGGUGCUGAUGAACUCUCUGGAGAGACUGAAUGGGCUGCCGUACCUGAACAAGGUGGUGGUGGUGUGGAAUUCGCCAAAGCCUCCUUCAGAUGACCUGCUGUGGCCUGACAUCGGCCUACCUAUUGUUAUCGUCCGCACAGAAAAGAACAGCCUCAACAACCGCUUCCUUCCCUGGGACGUUGUGGAAACUGAGGCCAUCCUCUCAAUCGACGACGAUGCUCAUCUCCGCCAUGAUGAAAUCAUGUUUGGGUUCAGAGUGUGGCGUGAGGCCAGAGAUCGCAUCGUGGGUUUUCCUGGAAGGUACCACGCCUGGGAUGUCAACCACCAGUCCUGGCUCUACAACUCCAACUACUCCUGUGAGCUCUCCAUGGUCCUGACCGGAGCUGCCUUCUUCCAUAAGUACUAUGCAUACUUGUACUCCUACGUGAUGCCCCAGGCCAUCAGGGACAUGGUGGACGAGUACAUAAACUGCGAGGACAUUGCCAUGAACUUCCUGGUUUCCCACAUCACCCGCAAACCUCCCAUCAAGGUAACCUCCCGUUGGACUUUCCGCUGCCCCGGCUGCCCUCAGGCUCUUUCGCACGACGACUCGCAUUUCCACGAGCGCCACAAGUGCAUCAACUUCUUCGUCAAGGUGUACGGCUACAUGCCGCUGCUGUACACGCAGUUUCGCGUGGACUCCGUGCUGUUUAAGACCCGUUUGCCCCACGAUAAGACGAAGUGCUUCAAAUUCAUCUAGUGUUGGAAUCGGAGAGUCGAUAGCUGGAAGGACUGAAGGACUGGAGCUCUCUCUGCAAGGGGAGAUGAAGAUGGAUGGGCAGGCAGCAAGAUAAACGCACAAGAGGCAACUUUUUUGGGGGCUCGGACUUUGCAGGGGCUGAUGGACCAGCUAACCUUAACAGCUUUUGGUCGCUCUGACAAGUGCUGAAAGUUUCGAGUGGGAACCGCUGCCAAGAAAUGGAUCCUCCUCUUCGGUGGACGUCGCUCCUCUUUUCACACGCCUUUCGAUCAUGUUCAAUCACCAACCACU